GCCAACUGUGUCCGGUGACGGCAAAAAAAAACAGCUUUCGGGGUGCCUGGGUAAAUUAAUCGAGGACGGUGGACCCAUUGUAACUCGGACGAGGAGUCACCUGGUUUCAUCUGAACUACCAACUUUUGUUCCUGAUUAAAACCGCCACCACCAUGACUGCUGCUGUGAGAGGCUCUAGAGGGCCUAUUCGAAGCGCUGGCGAUGGCAUGGAAACUGAGAAAGCGCUAACCACUAUCCUCGAGGUUAUCACAGAUACACUACCACCUGGUCCAUCUGCUGUUCCCCUCCUGAAGGCAUCUAACCCUAAGCACAGCCCAAAAGCUACCCGUCCUGCUCCCCCUGAGCCUCUCGGAGUGCUCCACCUGGGCAAAGUGAGUCGAGAGGCCUGCACAGAGGUGGAGGCUGUGAGGAUCAUCGUCCCACGUGCAGCUAUUAGCCGGCGCAUCCGAACAAAACCUGCUGAGGGCAAAGGGGAGGCGUGGCAACAGGCUGAAGAGCAGGGCUCGCCCCCGCAGCCUCUUGUGGAUGACUGGAGAAAACAGAUGGAGAAGCUGCAGAACUCUGAACGACGGCUACUGCAGGACAAGGAAGGCCUCUCCAAUCAGCUCCGAGUGCAGACAGAGGUGAACCGUGAGCUGAAGAAACUGCUGGUUGCAUCGGUCGGUGAUGACCUACAGUACCACUUUGAGCGCCUGUCGCGGGAGAAGAACCAGCUGAUCCUGGAGAACGAGGCUCUGGGGCGAUGUCAUGCACACACCGCAGAGCAGCUGGAGCGAAUGAGCAUCCAGUGUGACGUUUGGAGGAGCAAGUUCCUGGCUAGCAGAGUCAUGGCCGAUGAGCUGACGAAUGCCAGAGCCACUCUGCAGAGGCAGAGCAGAGAAGCACAAGGAGCCAUUCAGGACCUGCUGAUGGAGAGAGAAGACUUCUCCAGAAACAUGGUGCUCACUCACAGAUCUCUGGAGCAGCUCCUCGUGUCUCUGCAGUGGGGACGUCAGCAGACAUACUACCCCAGUGCACAGCCCCUCAGCACAGGAGAGCUGUCAGCAGCCAAUCACAAGCUAGCAGACGCCAUCAACUCCCACCUGCUAGGCAACACCACCACAACAACAACAACAACAACAACCAGCAGCAGUGCAGCCGCUGAGCAGCUAUGCAGCACUCCGGCUGAAAAGAUGGCAGAGAAGGUGCUGAAGAGUUUAGAUCCAAUUUCCUGUACAGAAAACAAUGCUGACCCCCCGCUUUGUGACACUUCCUCUGGCUUUCUGAGCAAUAAGAAGAGCAUCGGCAGGUUUCACCCCUACACUCGCUAUGAGAAUAUUACCUUUAACUGCUGCGAGCGUUGCACUGGAGACAUUCUGGUGCUGUGAGGACAACGAGACAUUCUGGUGCUGUCGAGGACAUCGGGAUACGGCAACACAUCCCAAUGGGACAAUGUUCAUUUCAAAUGACAGAUCUUAACAGGACUGUACUCUGGCGAACAUGUAUGGAGUGACUUUAUUCAGCACCAGAGGUUACCUUUCUCUCUUUCAGUCCUUCUACCCAUAUCAGCUUUGUUAUAAAACAACCUGCUGUUUUGUUGCUCUCGUCAACUUGAAAAGGUUUUUGUUUUUUUCAGGGAUCAUGAUGUGAAAGUGAUGAUGAAUGCAUUUCAGAGCCGUGCAUCCUGGUUUAAACUAUUGAGUUGUAUUUAUUGCUGGGAUGUGAGGUCAAGAGGAGUCAGUGUUACAUGGUGAACAGACGCUGUUAGGGUGUCUGCUUAUCCAAACUUGAACAUUAUACUACUAUGUUUUAAAUUGUAUUUAUCCAUUACUUUAAAUAGUCAAUGUGCAAUAGAGCAAACAAGACAUCAUGUUGUGGAAACACCCUUGGGCAAGCUAACAAACCGUAAAUUAGCUCAUUUGUACCUUUUUCAAAUGAAAAAAGAAUAGGUGAUGAUGCCUCUUACACUGCAGGGGGUGGCCCUAAUUUUGCAUUAUGACAUGCCAUUAUAUAUUUAGUAUAAUGCAUGUUGCAAAGGCCUUUGUAUAUAUAUCAAAUCCUUUGGAAGUUGUUUGACGGUACUACAAUAGACUUAUUGUACAUACAAGCGAGUCCACUUAUUUGCAAAGAGUUUAAAAGAGAAAAACUAAAUCUUAAAUUCCAACAACUUUUUAAAUGAUUGUUAAUGUGUUUUGAUGAAUCAUGGCAUUUUGUAAUGCAUAGUUUAAAAACUGAUUCAUACGUUUGCUGUUGCUUUGGAAUACAAUAGUCUGAAAUGAAUGAUCGUAAUAAACUGCACAUGGCUUUUUGACUUUCUCAAACAGA